CAGGGCGGACCCUUUCUUUUCAGCAGAGAUCGAGGCUCUUGUUUUCAACAUUUACCGACUAUCGUCGUAACCAACAUGGAAAUGUGAAGAGCUGAAAACUGUAAAUUAUUUGCAGCGUUAUUAUUUCCUGCACGUCAGAGGCUCCUGGGCAGGGAUGAGGGAUCUUCACGGCAUUGACAGCCUGCUCCUGACGGAAUUGAAGUCAUGUCGAGCAAAAGAGUACAACUUUCUUCCCAGAGAGACCGGCCUGCGGAUGAUGGAGUCCGCUCCCACUGAGAACCCCAGUGGAGUUUCUGCCAAAUGCAGAGACACCAGGGUGGAAGAACUGUGGGGUCUGACCAGUUUCUUUGGCUACAGAACUCAAACGUUUGUUCUGGCGGUCAAUUUGCUUGAUAGAUUCCUCACUAUCAUGAAGGUGCAGCUCAAACACUUGCCCUGUAUUGGAGUCAGCUGUCUCCACAUUGCGGCGAAGAUGGUCGAGGAAGAGAACAAUGUCUCGCCCACCCAUGAACUCAUCCGUAUCAGCCAAAGCAAGUUCACUGUGUCGGAUCUGUGUCGCAUGGAAAAGAUUAUCUCCGAGAAGCUCGGCGUGGAGCCCGAAGCGGUGACAGCUUUAACUUUUCUUCGCCUCUACUACCCCACCUUCACAUUGCUGUCUGCUGGAAGGGAGGAGAUCCCAAGCAUUGGGCGACUGGAAGCCCAGCUUAAAGCCUGCUUAUGCCGACUUGUUUUCUCUAAAGCAAAACCAUCCGUGCUGGCCCUGUCCCUCAUUGCCCAGGAGCUUGAAGCCCCCCAGUUCAUCACCCUGUCGAAGAUUGUACAGCAAUUCCAAAGACACCUAAAGAUCAGCGACGGCGAGCUGCUCCACUGGAAGGAGCUUGUGGCCAAAUGCAUGACUGAAUACUGCUCCAGCGAAUGUAACAAACCAGACAACAAAAAGCUGGUUUGGAUCGUGUCCAGGAGAACGGCUCAAAACCUUCAGGCCAACCACUUCAGUGUGCCCGCCCUGCCGACUAUUCCUGAGGCGAUCCGGGACGAGAGUGAGAGUGAGGACUCCUGUGAGGACAUGAGCUGUGGAGAGGACAGCCCAUGCGGCUCACCAGGAAGUGACGGCGAAGGGGCCUACUUCCCGUCCACUUUUCUCCAACGCCAAAAGUGACGCUUCCUCAAUGUGCAGAAGCCACGUCUGCUUGUUUGUCCCUGAUUGUAUCCGAUUGAAGGUAGUCACCCCGUUUCUUAGCAACCUUAGGUUUCACUUGUCGUAACACCUCAGGUACGGCAUGUGGCAGGUUUUAAAUCAUCAAGUGCCUGUGUUGAUUCAGUUUACUGUCAGUCUCUUUUUCUGUGUUGAUUGCAUUGCAAUAUCUUGGCAGCUUGAUGGUGAGGCGUCUCAAUUUUCUCUCUUUCCCGAGAUGUUCUCUUUGUGUUUGUUUGUGUCCGAGCUCGGGCACAUUCAUGCAAAAUCAGUGGAGCACAAAGGACAACUUGUGUCGGUCAUAGACUCCCUCUUGACUGUCACACUAGCACAUCCACCAUCUUUUUUUACACCUGUUUUUCUACUCACUAUAAUACAUGUAUGCAGGAUCCUGCUCGAAUAUGUUACACAUAUGCACCCAAUCCUAAUGUGACUUAUAGCACAUCUCAGUGUGAAAAUACCAGACUGUUAGUGCAUGGAUACAUUUAAAUAUGUGAUUAUGAACACAUUAUGUCCAUGUUUUUUAAACCAAUAUAAGCUUAUUGUAAAAAAAAUGUUUAAAAAAAUAUUUAUAAAAUGUAGAAAAAAAAGAGAAUCGUUGUGUGAACCCUACAUAAUGUGUGUUGUAUGUGGAAGAUGUUGGAUGCGAGAAAUAACACUUCCAAAUAAAUUAAGUGCUUUUUA